AUGGGAGCAAUGAGCCCUAAAUCGGGACCUGUCCAAAUACAAGCUGAUGAUGAGCGGCAUGGUGGCUGGCAGGCUGAUGAACCAGUUGUCUCUGCUAGUGCGCUUGGAAUCAAGCCUGUUCAUUUAGUCAGGGAGUCUAAGGGCCGUCAUGAAGCCUCCAGUGCUGUUACCGAAGUGACUGUUGAUAAUGCAUCACAAUCUUUUCCUCGUCUUUCUGCUGACCGAAUUCCAUUGCCGCCAUCUGGCGAGACAUCAAAAAUCGCCAAUAGCUUUGCAAGCACAUCAACUUCAGCAUCUACGAACACGACUACUACUUCGACUAUCACUGAAGAUCCUUCUUCCUUGUCUAGUCGCAAAGCUCCCCUUCUUCCGACCCCUGGGAAUAGCAGGCCCUCAGUUCUUUUAAGGUUGCGGGAACAACAAGCAGUUGAAGAGGCAGAACGUCGACGUAUAGCUGAGGAGGCUGAGGCAGAGGAAGCAGCAAAACGGGCUGAAGGAUCGGAUGAUACAAAACGUUUGCUUGCUCAGAGCACAAUGGGAGCUGAGCUUAAGAGAGUUGCGGCUGCGGCAAAGCAGCAAAAGCAGCAACAGAAGGCUCAUCAUCAACACAGUGUGAUUUCAACCAAGUCCAAUAUAAAUGACCCGUCUGGAGACAGAUUAGAUGCUGAAAAGUCGGUUAAAUUGAAAGCUUCUGGCUCACCGAAUGAUCAAAGCUCGGCCGGCCCAAAUGUAAGAGGCACACAACAGACCGGAGUGAGUGCCCUCAACCUUAACACAACUCUCGACUAA